AUGGCGCUCCUCUUCUGCUUCUGGAGUAACAGCCCCUGGAGUGACGCCGUGGCCGGUUACUGCUACCACCUCCUCUUCGCGCUUCUCACCGCCUUCCUCUUCACCUCCCACCUCCCCGAGCGCCUGGCGCCCGGCCGCUUCGACUACAUCGGACACAGCCACCAGCUCUUCCACGUCUGCGCGGUGCUGGGCACCCACUUCCAGCUGGAGGCCGUUCUCUGCGACGCGCGCUCGCGCCGGGGCUGGCUGCGGGGCCACCUGCCCAUCCCGGGGCUCCCCGGCACCUUUGGCACUGCAGGACUGGCCAUUUUGGGCAACGCUGCCAUCAUCGGCGCCUUCACCGCGGCCUUGCCCCACGCACCUGGCAGCUCCGGUGUCCCCCCAAGUGUCCCCCCGAGUGUCCCCAGCGAUGCCGGGUGCUGGAGGGACCAAUGACAAGGGGGAACAAGUGGCCGGGCUGCAGGGGCUGUGCACCCCCAGAUCUCUCCCACCCUCCAAGUGUGGCUCAGAUGCCUGGGUCCUGCUGUGGGGUGUCAUAAGAUGAGGGGGGGUGUGUCCCCCUCCCGCCCUGGUCCCUCUGCAGCCCCGUGCCUCAGUUUCCCCACCUUUUAAACACGGCUAAUGGUACUCAUCGCUGCAGGGAGGGCACUCACACUGACCUAACCCAUGUAGCAGCCCCGUGCAGAGGCCUCAGCCCCAGAGCAUGGGACCCCCAAGUCCAUGGACCACCGGCCGGUUUCUCAGCAGAUUCAGAGCAGUAACCCCGGGGA